AUGACUAAAGAACACGCUAAUUGGUCUCCAUAUGACAACAAUGGAGGAUCUUGUGUUGCUGUUGUCGGAUCAGACUACCGUGUGAUUGCAGCAGAUACGAGGAUGUCCUUUGGUUACAACAUCCUCACUCGUGAUUACUCCAAAAUCUCCCACUUAGCUGAGAAAUGUGUUAUGGCUUCUUCUGGUUUUCAAGCUGAUGUGAAGGCUUUGCAGAAGGUUUUGUCUGCUAGACAUUUGACAUAUCAGCACCAACACAACAAGCAAAUGAGCUGCCCUGCAAUGGCUCAGUUGCUUUCAGACACACUUUAUUACAAACGCUCCUUUCCUUAUUAUUCUUUCAAUGUGUUGGGCGGCCUUGACAGUGAAGGAAAGGGACGUGUCUUCACAUAUGAUGCUGUUGGGUCCUAUGAGAGGGUGGGAUAUAGCUCUCAGAGUUCUGGAUCAACUCUCAUUAUGCCUUUUCUUGAUAACCAACUGAAGUCCCCCAGCCCACUCCUUUUGCCUGCUCAGGAUGCUGUUACUCCAUUGUCUGAAACAGAAGCAGUCGAUCUGGUCAAAACUGUUUUUGCACCUGCAUCUGAGAGAGAUAUAUACACUGGGGAUAGAGUUGAAAUUGUCAUCUUAAACGCCAGUGGUAUUCAUCGUGAAUUUUUGGAAAGAUUGACAUUUAUGUUCAUGAUAGACUUGUACUUGAAUUUAAGAGAUAGUGCCAAGGUCCUGUCAAGAAAAAGAUCUCUGGUAGCGCAUUACCUGAAAAGAAGCUCUUGA